GCCGCCAUGCCGGGCGGGCUGGGGCCGUCCCCCGCCGUCGCCGCCGCCGCGCGGGGCCUCUACCGGCGGAUCCUGCUGCUGCACCGGGCGCUGCCGCCCGCCCUGCGGGCGCUGGGCGACCGCUACGUGAGGGAGGAGUUCCGGAGGCACAAGGCGGUCGGGCCCGCCGAGGCGCAGCGCUUCCUGCGGGAAUGGGAGAACUAUGCAGCACUGAUAUGGCAACAAAUUAAUGAAGACAGACAAAACUCAACAGAAAAGACUGUGUUUGGAAUCCAGCUCACGGAAGAGAAACUUAAUGACUUCCGUGAUGAACAAAUUGGACAGCUGAAGGAACUGAUGGAUGAGGCUACUAAACCUAAUAAGCAGUUCACCAUUUCUAAGGACUCAGAACACAAGAACUAAAAGGUUUUUAAAUUUGCUUUAAUACAUGCAGAAGUAUUUUGAAACUUCCUUUCUCAGUUGGACUAGAAUGUGUUUUCUGAGAAGUAAUGGGAGAUGCUGAUGCCAUAACUUUUUGUCUGAAACUGUCUAGAUACCUGAUUUUUUCUGCAAGAAUAAAUGUUAAAAUGUAAUAAUCAUAACAAUUUUAUGUUAAUUGCAACAUAUUUCCUCCUAAUGGGAGGUGGAGACUUGAAGAAUUUGGUAAAAAUAAAUUGAUGUUUUAAAAAUAGAAAGUUUUAUUUUUAAUCUUAGCACCUGUGAGUGGUUACCUGUGUAUCGUUCUCUAUCUUAAUGGAAAAGAUGCACCUAAUAUUUGUUUUCUGAUGUGGAUUCAGUAGACAGAGAAUAGAAGUAUAAUACUAAGUGAGUUCAUUUUGGUGGAAAGAAACAAGCAAUAUUAGAAGACUCUGCUAUUGUUGAAAUUGAAAGCUGUUUUUCUUCGUGAGUUUUAUUGUGAAGUGGGCUUGUAAAAGAUAUAGUUCAUUAUUAAAUUCAUUGUGAAGGAAACACUGGUUUAUGAAGUAAACUCAGCAUUUUUUUCAAAGUUA